CCUUGUGUCCGGUGCCUUUUCCAUUACGCACAGAGCGCGCACAGAGGGGCGCCCGGGCAGAAUGGAGCUCAGGAGCAGAUCCAGAGGUCAAACUGCAGCGAAACACGAGCCUGAACAUCUCCAUUUCAUCUGAGCUCGACGAACACGCUCCAAGUCCAGGUCCCGUCGGAGGAGUCCCCUGAGAAGUUCCCGUGGGCCCCUGGGGGAUUCUCAGGGGCGUAUGGAGUCUUAUGGUCCGCAACUAUGGCAGCUGGACCCUGAGGGGACAUGGAUUUACUAGUGAAGGAUGUAAUAGACGAGUCUGUGAACAGUUCUGCUGUGUCCUUCCAAAACCAGUCGAGUGACCGCGGGCUGCGCGCCUCUGCCGGACUGUCCACUGCGCUGGCCAGCGUGCUGAUCUUCACCAUCGUGGUCGACAUCCUGGGCAACGUGCUGGUCAUUCUGUCCGUGUACAGGAACAAGAAGCUCAGGAAUGCAGGCAACAUCUUCGUCGUGAGCCUGUCCGUGGCCGACCUGGUGGUGGCGCUGUACCCGUAUCCGCUCGUCCUCACCGCGAUCUUCAACAAUGACUGGACCAUGGGGGAUUUCCACUGCCAGGCCAGCGGUUUCGUCAUGGGGCUGAGCGUUAUCGGGUCGAUUUUCAACAUCACGGCCAUCGCCAUCAACCGCUACUGCUACAUCUGCCACAGCCUCCACUACGAUCGUCUGUACAGCCUGAGGAACACCUGCGUCUACCUGGGGCUCACCUGGCUCCUCACCUGCGUCGCCACGGUGCCCAACUUCUUCGUGGGCUCGCUGCAGUACGACCCGCGCGUCUACUCCUGCACCUUCGCCCAAACCGUGAGCUCGUACUACACCAUGUCCGUCGUCAUAAUCCACUUCCUGAUCCCGUUACUCGUCGUGUCGUAUUGCUACAUGCGGAUCUGGGUUCUCGUGAUCAAAGUCAAACACAGAGUCAAACCGGAACAAAGGACGAAACCGAAACCCAGCGACGUAAAGAAUUUCCUGACGAUGUUCAUGGUGUUUGUGCUGUUCGCCGUUUGCUGGGCGCCGCUCAACCUCAUAGGCCUGGCGGUGGCGAUGAACCCGGGUAAAGUGGCGCCGCUCAUACCCGAGUGGCUCUUCGUCACGAGUUACUUCAUGGCGUAUUUCAACAGCUGCCUCAACGCCAUCAUAUACGGUCUGCUGAACCAAAACUUCAGGAAAGAGUACAAGACGAUCCUCCUGGCGUUGUGUAUGCCCAAGUUACUGCUGGUGGAGACGUCGCGAUGCGCCACGGAAGGUCUGAAGAGCAAACCUUCUCCCGCCGUGACGAACAACAACGUAGCGGAAAUACAUGUAUGAAGCCGUGCGGAAAUGAUCGUGUGCCUUUAAAGACGUGAUUUGUUUUGGAACCGUUUCGUUGUAAGUGACGGGUGAAAUCGCUUCUGCCUUUGAGAAGAACAAAAUACCUGCGAACUCUGCCAAAAAUACAUAUUCCCGCUUGAAUUUGGUUUAUUUUUUAUCAGACGGUUUUCAAAGAUCACGAGCCUUCUUAACGUUUUGAUUUAGAAGAGCACUGUACUCAAUAAACCUGUGAAAAAAUGUGAA